AUGUACCCUUGGUUAGAGCAGUUGAACACAGUACAGGGUACAAAACUUACUAAUUAUAGAGAUCCUCCAUUUGGAUACAGUCCCGAAAGUUCAAUGUUCGGAUAUAAUUGCGGAUUAAUUUUAUCUCCAAGGAAUACUUACAAGCCAGCGUAUCAAAUAUAUACGAAUUCAUGUAAAGAAGUCUUUAAAACAGCAUAUUUUGAUUUAGAUUCACCAAUUGUUCUUUCUGCUUUUACAUCAAAUUCAAUUAUCGUAUUUUUAUUGAAGAAUGGUACUAUUGCGGCUUACAAACCUAAUGGAAAACAAGUAUAUUUACGAAAAGAAUUAAACUUCGAAGUUAUAUGCGCUUCACAAAAUUAUUUGGGAAUUGUUUACGUACUUAACAACAUGAAUUUACAAUUUUUCAGUUUUGAUAGGAUGGAAGUUACAAUAGACCAACAAAUUAACGAUCCACCUCAGUAUUGCGUUUUACAAAAUAUUGAAAACGGUGUUUUCCUUUUUUCUUCAAAUGGAGAAGUGUAUUUCAAGACGCAACAGAAUCUGACAAGUAUAUUCAAAGUAGAAAACGAACAUAUUACCAAUAUUAUCGCAGGAAUUAACAAUCCAAGAAUUGCGAUCUUUACAAACAAAAAAAUUUACAUUAAACAAGCAUAUCCAUCACAUAAGGACAUUAUUGAACACCAAUUUGACUUGGUUGGAAAAGAAGGAGCUUGGUUAAAUCCAAAUACCUUAAUUGCUUCACUUAAUAAUGGAGAAUUAUGUAUUUUUCACAAUGGUGUUGCUGACUUUAAUCCAUCAUGCAAAGUUCUUAAGAUUUUUUCUGAUUUAAAUUUAGUUAGAUUAUAUUCAACGGAAGGACUUUAUAUUUAUUACAAUCCACCCGCAUCUAUUGAAAGUCUAAACAAUGAGAUAUGUAAAAGCGUCGUAAGAGACUUCAAAAACUAUGAAAGCAAAAAUAUUGAUUUUAUCCAAAAUAUGAAUAAGAAUUAUGUAAAAGCUAUACCUCUUUUCAUUCAAGCAGCUCGAGAUUCACCAUUAAUAUCAACCCAAAUGUUCUACAUGAGCGUUGCUUCGUUCUUAAGAUCAAAUUACCCAAAUAUCUGCGCAAAUGAGUUCAAAUCAGCCAUAGAUUUCUUAAGGAUACUCAAUACUCUCAAUAGUGACCAAGUUGGAAUGUGUUUCACCCCUGAAGUUCUGCAAAAUUGCUCCGAACAAUUAUUCGAACGAUUAUCGAAUUUACAACUAUACAAAAUUUGUGAAUACAUUUCUGACUUUUUGGGAGUUCCCCAUGACAAAAUUGCCGAAGAAUGGGUACUUAAUGAGAUACAGACAAACGGUACUAAGAAUUUAGAAGAAAUAACUCAAAUGCUCCAUAAAUAUUCGAAUAUUAAUUUCCACGAAGUAAUUCAAUGUUGUGUCGACAAGAAGCUAAGUCAAUACAAUAUAGUAACUAUGGUAAAUAGCAUCAAAAGCCCAGUUCAGAAGAUUAUUUUGCUAAAUCCGUUGUAUCGCACAAAAGCAAGGGAAACAGCCCUUGUUUCUGAUGAUGGAUGUGCCAUUAUAUGCUAUUUACUAAAGGAUGAGGAGCAAAACUUGCAAUUAGACCUCAGAACUCCGUUAUUAAGUAUAAAUUAUUUUUCAUUUGCAAGAUAUAGAGUGUCUCAGCAUUUGAAGAGAGAAAGUAAGUCAGUCAUCAUCCAAUCCAUGGAAAGAUUAAUCAGAUCUGAAGAAACAAAUAAACAAUUUCUCGAAAUUUUGACGUCAUCUUCAUUCGAGAAAAAUGAGUAUGGCAAGAACACGAAUAUACUCCUUUAUAUUAUGAAUAACAUGGAAAUGUCCAAGUUUGGCGAAUAUAUUGGUCAUCAAAAUUAUAUCAUUACAAUUUUAGGAAAUCUUGCACCAGCAGGCGACACAUUAUCUCCUAGACAGUUUAUUAAUGCUUGUUAUGCCAACAAUAAGGCCGAAGUCGCCGAAAAAAUUGCUCAUAAAGUUAAUAUGAGUCCUCCUGAAGUAGAAUACUCAAGAUUACGUUCUGUGAUCAAGAACAAGAGCAAUGAUAUGUUUGAUAAGUUAAUACGAGAAGGAUUUAAGCAUUUGCAGCCUGAUGACGUUAUGAACAUGAUUUUAUUUUACAGAUGCGAAGAUCUUGCCACAAGAUAUCUCAAUAUGCUUAAUAUGCAACAAAAAACAAAACUUCUUGACGAAGCUUUGAAUUAUUCUUAUAAAAUUAAGGAUAAAAGAAUGAUUGAUGCAUUUGAGAACUAUAAGAAUAUGUUUAUGCAAAGAGUGUAA